CUGUUUGUCUCCAGAGCAAGGUCCUCCAUGGCACAAAGUCCUCGCCUUCUCGACCUUCCAUGGAAGGUCAACCUUUCCAUAUCCACCCUCAGCUUCGCCGUUGAUAUCACUCGUCGUUCCAAUGGCACUGUCAACCGCUUUCUCAUGAGCCUCUUUGAUUUCAAAACCUCUCCAUCCAAGAAACCAGUCAAUGGUGUCAAAUCCACCGAUAUCACAAUUGACAAGGCUCGCAAUCUCUGGUUCCGCCUCUACACUCCCACCACCACCACAGGAGGUGCUUCCCGUAAUGAUGUUAGCAUGCCGGUUAUUUUCUUCUUCCACGGUGGUGGCUUUGCUUACAUGUCACCAGACUCGAAGCCCUAUGAUGACUUCUGCUACCGGCUUGCGUGCGAGCUCUCUGCAAUUAUCAUCUCCGUCAACUACCGCCUCGCUCCAGAACAUCGCUGUCCAGCACAAUACGAAGACGGUUUUGAUGCUCUAAAAUUCAUUGACAACGAACAAAUUGAGGGAUUUUCAAACUGUGUCAAUCUUAAACACUGUUUUCUUGCUGGAGACAGUGCAGGAGGCAAUUUAGUGCAUCACGUUACGCUAAAAGCUAGUGAACGUGAAUUUCGCAACAUAAAACUUAUUGGAAACAUUUUGAUCCAGCCAUUUUUUGGCGGCGAAGAAAGAACAGAAUCUGAGACGAGGCUUAGCGGUCAAGUUCCAUUCUUUACUAUAGAGCGUGCAGACUGGAUGUGGAGGGCGUUCUUGCCGGAGGGGUCAGACCGUGACCAUCCGGCAGCGAAUGUUUUUGGGUUUAAUUCGGUAGAUCUUUCGGGAAGGGAGUUUCCGGCAACUAUUGUUUUUAUUGGAGGGCUUGACCCAUUGCAAGACUGGCAAAGGAGGUACUACGAAGGGCUGAAGAAAUCUGGGAAGAAAGCAUAUCUGGUUGAGUAUCCGAAUACAUUCCAUUCAUUUUAUGCUUACCCAGAUCUGCCUGAGUUUUCUUUGUUCAUCAAGGAAGUGAUGGAGUUUGUGCAGAAGCAAUCAGCAGCAACAAAUAAAUGAUUGUAUUUGGAUCCUACCUUCUGGUUUCUUAGUUUAUUUGCAUAAGCAUAUGAGUUGUUAACAAUUUCUGAGACGGAAGCAUAAUCCAAAUUAAAUCUAUUUAAGAAGGAAAUAAAA